AUGUUUACUUUGGCUGACUCAACGCUUCGUUCUUCCAGAGUAAUGCCCGAGGUGCCUUCCAAUAUGCAAGAGGGACUCGCGCAUCUCGAAGUCGAGGCAAAUCCGUCAACGGUGUCGCCGAUCCAUGAGCAGUAUGGUGCCAGUCGCAAUAUAACAUAUCAACAAUGCAACGCCCCGCAACGGUACGCAGCGAGUUAUGAGCAGGCGGGCGCCCCUGGCUACCAGAACAACCCCUCAAAACCGCAACCAACAAUACGCAGGGACGGCGAUAUGCCGUUACCCUCGCCGUUCCCGGGGUUGCAGAACCCAGGGCCAAACGUGCCGCUGACGGACGAUCAAAUGGAAGAGGAGUUGGAACAAUGCAGAGAGAAGGUGGUGGGCUCAAAUGACCCAGAAAGGCAGUUGAGAUGGGCACAGGAUGCGCUGCUCUGGUCCGAUAUUGCAAUCCAGAGCCGGCGCCGAGCUGCUGUCGGUUCGACAAGUAGGCCUACUACACCAAAUGUCGAGCGCCGGAUCCGCGAUGAUGCCCUCAACAUUACCAAGUUCCUCGCCGAGCAAGGCCACCCAAAAGCUGAGUUCUUGAGGGCGGGCUGGUAUGAAUUUGGCAAAUUCGGCUUCCCCGAAGAUGCAAAGGAGUCGUUCGGAGGAUACAAAAGAGCAGCAGAGAAGGGCUACGCGCGAGCUGAAUAUCGGAUUGGCACUCGGUACGAGAGCAGCAAAGAUAUGCUGCGAGCCGUCAAGCACUACCAAAAUGGAGUGGCUCAGCACGAUUCGGCUUCAAACUACCGUAUGGGCAUGAUGGCAUUAUUUGGCCAACAUGGACAGCCGCAGAACUACGAGGUUGGAGUUAGGCAGGUGAAAUAUGCUGCGGACACAGCUGAUGAGAACUCACCGCAAGGUUCAUAUGUUUACGGAAUGCUUCUCGCGAGGGAACUGCCGAAUAUCUCACUCCCUGACUUUGCCUUGGUAUAUGAUUUGGAGCAAGCAAGACACUAUGUUGAGCGAGCUGCGCUACUCGGGUUUUCGAAGGCACAGCUCAAGAUGGGUUCGGCUUAUGAGCUUUGUCUCUUGGGCUGCGAAUUCAACCCAACGCUUUCGCUGCAUUAUAACCGCCUGGCAGCAAGCCAAGGGGAGCCAGAGGCCGAGAUGGCUAUCAGCAAGUGGUUCCUAUGUGGUUACGCAGGUGUUUUUGACAAGAACGAAGAGGUCGCCUUCACGUACGCGAAGCGCGCAGCACAGCAGGAGCUUCCAACUGCCGAGUUCGCUCUUGGUUAUUUUUACGAGGUUGGACUGCAUGUACCGAUGGAUCUUGGUCGAUCUCAAGAGUGGUAUCAGAAAGCCGCAGAUCACGGCAACACAGAUGCCGCAGCUAGAAUCGACGCACUUCGCCUGCACAGGACUCUAUCCAGGAAAGACCACGAGCAGAUGGCCAUCACACGCAUCCGGUCGCAAUAUGGCUCUCGCAAGGGCAUGCGGCCCGAUCACCUGGCGCAGAAAGUGACCGCACAACAAGCCCCGACGCUUCCAGUGAUGAGCGAGGAGAGAGACGACUCGUCGCGCCCAGUCAGCGUUUACCCGCCCAGAAGCAGCUCCGUCCAGCCCGAGCAGCCACAAUUCCGCGUGAUAACCCCCGUACCAGACCCCAAUGCCCCGCUCUCACAGCAACAACAACCACCAUUCCGUGUAGUAACUCCUGUGUCUGGCGGUGUGAGGCACACGGGCUCUAUGCCCAGCUCGCCCUUACACAGUCAUUACAAGUCAGGCUCGGGAGGUAUCAUUGGCGGGACACAUAAUACAGCGCCUUACCCCGAGAACGACGUGGCGCACCCGAUACAAGCAAACCCCAACCUGAGACCACUGUCAGGACCGCCAGCAGACCGCCCCAAUUCUGCUUUUGGCAUCAAACCUCUGCACCCUAACCAUUCAUUUGGACCUGGCCAGGAUCCAGCUCAUCGUCCUAUGAGCGUUGUGGGAGAUUUGCAAUCGCAGCAGCGACCACACCCAGGACAGGGAGGCAGAGGGCAGCCGGUUGUCCCCCACCAACCGAAACGAGAAGGACCUACCUCUAAUGACUGGGAAUCUCAAUAUAGACUCCCUUACAGCCAACCACAAGGGGGUGAUGGGAGGGGUAAACUCCAGAACCAAGGGGCUCCGGUAAACAAGCCUCACCCGCAAUCACCACCGCAGCAUGGGCAGCCUCCUCAGCACCUACAGCCCCGGAACGAUUAUUCGCAGAAUAGGCCAAACACAGCUUCAAACGAGCGAACUUACUCUGCCCAGGCGCCGCUGAAGCCGCAUGCUCCUGGAGACCAGAGCGCAGAGAGGCCUAUCUCCUGGGCUGACAACGGGCCAGGUGCAUACCCAUCGAAAUAUUCCUCGAUUCCGCCUGGUGCUGGGGGACCGGCUGUGACGAUAUCACCUGCUCCGAUGCCGCCGCAGGUUUUGAAGCCACAGGCGCCGCCGCCGAAGAAGGGCCCGCAGACUUUUGAGGAGAUGGGGGUUCCUGCUGCUUCUAAGGAUAGCGAAUGCUUGGUUAUGUAA